UGCAGAGGGAAGGGGUGCAGGUGAAAGCCGCAGUGGGAGGGACCCGUCCAGGUAAAGAGAAAGAGAGAGAGAGAGAGAGAGAGGGGGAGAGGGCGAACAGAAACCAAAGAUGACUGUGUGAAAUAAAAUGGAUCCAAACAAGCCCAGCUUUUCCUCAAAAUCCCUGCACUCAACCAACAGCGGGGGAAAUGAGUCACAGAUGGAAGACGGCUCGGUGCUUUGGAGGGACGGUGUGGACGGGGAGAGGCCCAGGGACGGAGAGGGCCGAGAGACGGACGUCGUUGAUGGGACGACAGCAGCUGCAGAGAUAAACCUUCGCCACAGGGGGUCAGCAGACAAACACAAGUUCAAUUCUCUGAGUUCCCAGAGGCGGACCAAGCAGAAGGUUGUGACCAACUUUGCAACACUGAGUAAAGGCACGUCUGCAGCAGCCAGGCCCCGAGCGGCACUGAGACAGGUCCUGUUCAACCAGGGAGGGGCCUCUGACAAGAACCCAGUGUCUGAGGAGCGAGGUCAGCUGGAUGUGUUGAAACAGGAGCUGGAGGCCUACCCUGUGCCAGUCAGUCUGAGGUGGCAAUGGAAGGAGGAGAGUCAAGGAACCACACUGGAGAAGAACUGGACGGAUAUAGUUCACUCUCAUUCAACCAUGUCGAAGAUGCAGAGACACCAGCAGGAGGCGCUGUGGGAGUUUGUCCACACUGAACUCACCUACAUCAACAAGCUCAUUAUCAUCAAAGCUUUGGUCGUUGCAGCGCUUGUCAACCUGCAUCAGAGAGGAUUUCUCCAGGAGGUGCACCCUCAGCUGCUCUUCUCCAACCUCCCCUCCAUCAUCAGUGCACACCAGCUCUUCUGGCAGGAGGUGAUUUAUCCCAUGUUACAGGAAGUUCGCCGGACAGGGCAGCCCUUUGACCCCAUGAGGUUAGAGGCUGGUUGUCUGCAGUUCCCUGAGCGUUUCUCCUCCUAUCAGCAUUACUGCUGGGAGGAGGAAAACAACCUGGAGUUCACACGCAGGCAGAUGGAGGGCAACCCGCAUUUCCUCACGUAUGUUCAGUGGGUGGAGACUCAUCCUCAGUGUGAGCGGAUGCGGCUUGGGGACAUGCAGGCCAAGCCCCACCAGAGGAUCACAAAGUACCCCCUGCUGCUGAAAGCCGUGCUCAGAAACACCCAGGACCCUCAUGUGCAGCACACGCUCAGAGGCAUGCUGUCCAGUGUGAACAGCUUCCUGGAAAGUAUCAAUGACCACCUGAAGCUCAAAGAUGAGGAGCUCGCUCUCUCCAUCUCUGCUCAGCGGGUGGAGGGAUAUGAGGUGGAGGGAAUAAGUGAAGAAAUAGACAAGAAUGUCAGAGAGAUCUGCCGGUUUGACCUAACCUGCCCGGUCAGAGGAGUCGGUCCUGGAGUUGUACGCAGGCUGCUGCUGGAGGAGAACUUGAAGAUUCGCGACAGAAAAGACAACAAGCUGGAGGUGGUGGCUCUACUUUUCUCAGAUGUGCUUCUAAUGACCAAAGUCCAGAAGAAAGGAGAGCGGCUGAAGGUGGUUCGGCCUCCUCUGGCCCUGGACAGAACUUCCUGCAUAGCACUGAGAGACGGCUGCUCAUUUGUUCUUGUGGAGGUUGGGGAACUUCAGAGCACCAUGAAUGUCUACAUCUUUACAGCCAGCACCUCAGAGAGCUGCUCAACGUGGGUCUCCACCGUCAACCAGGCCAAGGGAACACUGGAAAACCUGAGAAUGAUGGAGAACAACAGACAAAUGGAAAACUGGAAAAAACAAUUGGAGACAAAACCUAUCAAAGACUCCACGAUGGAUAAUAUGGUGACAAGAGAACAACAUUUUGUGGAUCAACUUAAUGAGGAAACGAUCGUCCCGCAGUCGAUAAAUGGGAUGUUGGCGUCUAAAGAAGCGGAAGGAGUGCAUCCGUAUCAACCUGCAGAUGACGUUAACGCUAACAACACCGGAUUAACUUUUUGGGGAUCCCAGGUCAGCGACAGUAAUCAUAUAGAUGAGCAACAAACAAUCAAAGAGUCUGAAUGGAUAGAAAUGGGGGUGAUAGGCGAUCAAGAUGGGAACCCCACAAAGGAAGAAGAGAAAAUGGCCGAGACUCAGAUGACAAAGGAGCGAAGGGUUCCCUUUAACCAAAGACCACAGUCUACCCCAAAUCUGGAUCUUUUCACUCAUAGAGCUGCCGAAGAUUCAUUAAGACCACACAAUCUCUUAAUAGGUGGAUUACCAGAUGUUGACUACCCAACAAAUGAACAUAGCACUUUAUCAUAUUCUUACCAGCCGAACACGUCCAGGGAAAGGCCUGGGCUUCAAAGACUAGUGGGAGAUAGAGGGAUAUCGACAGGGAGGGAUUUCCUGUCUGUGAACCAGGACGCGAGAAAGUCCAGCAACAGCCAGUCUGAAGACAUCGAGACAUCUCCAGAGGUUAAGGGGUUCCCAAAAAAUUUGAGGUCACCCGUGUUACGGAGGAGGAGGCCACUCAGCACCAAUCAGGCACCCACCACUCGGAUGUCCAAGGAGUUCUCCCAGGGCUCAGGAGAGACUUGGACAGCCUCUUCUUCCAACUCUGAUUCCGACUACAGCCUAAACAGCAAGAGAAACUCUGUUCCUUCUGACAAAAGCUCAAAUUCCCACAGGGUGCUCAAGCUGGGCUCCCUGAAGCCCAACCAAGGCAUGUUUGGGCACAUGAAUGAUCGAGCCUCUCCAGAUCCCGAAACAUGGUCUGAGCCUGAGCCUGAACUGAACUUGCACAGCAAAAGGCCCAAAAUGAAAACCCAAAGGAGCGCUUCCAUCCCUAACAUUGUCAUCGAAGGGGGGCAUGGACUUUCUCUGCACCCCACUAACCGUUUCACUUUACCCCAACAACAAGAUGUACCUCUUCCCAUCCCAGGGCAUUACCCUAACGGACACCCUUCUCCUCUGGAUGGCCUUCUGGAAAGAGCCAAAGAGAGAAGGAGCGGGCGAAAUAUGAAAAUGGCCCAAUUGAGGUCAAGAUAUCCUCCUACCUCCCCCUCGCUUUCCACCAGAUCUUCCCCAUCACCCAGCAAUAGAGACAGAGACACAGAGUGGGAGGAGGAGGUGGAGCUGAUGAGACACCGAGCCCUCACUGUGAGUAAAGGAUGGAAAGAGCAGCUGGUGGACGGAGAUGAAGACGAUAACAGGAACAGCGUUGCCUUUUCAGAAGGCGUAAACGUGGACUGGCCCGGCUGGUGCUUUGACGAUGACGAAGUCAUGGUUCAAAUACAACCUCGAGAUGAAGGACUUCUGGAGGGCAUCAGCCGAUCUCUGGCCUUAUUGCAGGUUCCUCACUUUUCAGAGCAAGAAGAAGGGGAGUGCAGUCAGGUGUAGGUCUAAUACUGACCCACAGCCGCAAAUCAAUGAACCGGACGCAUUCAAUUAAAUGAAAAUCUCAAACAUUUAUAAAAAGAAUUUAAACAUUGUGGCUGGAUGUCGCAGCUCAGCAGCAUCUUCAUUCUGAAUGUAUCAUUUCUUUAAUUUAUGUAUAAUAAUGUGAUAUUUUUACAUACAUAGUAGUACAAGUGUUUUUGUAAAAUAAUGAAACAUUUUUUAUAAAUGACUAUAUUUAAUUUAUAUCACCGACAAUGCCCCUCUCUCAUUGGAAAACUUUAGAUUUUACACAAUGUAAAGAAUAAAACUGCACUUUAUGUAUAAAACAUUCUCUUUUCAACAUGUACUAUACAUGCAAACAAAUACUCACAUAGAACAAUACAAAAUAUUUACAUCUGAAACAGCAUGGUAACGUAAAACAUUUCAUUUACACAUUUAUUCAAACAAUGACAACAAUUCUGCUACAACGACUGCUCAUAAAGUAUUUCAAAACCUGUGCAACACAAUGUCUGUAGGGGACAGACUUUACGGUAACACUUUCACGCGGUACUUCUCUCUCUCCUCCCUCUCAUUGGAGACGGUAUGAAUAAUCGUCUCCAUCGCAGGGUACUGAAAGAUGCCUUGCUUCUGUGGAGCAGAGAAAAGAGGAUGCAAACAUAUUAGACUAAGAAGCACAAAGUCGAAUUAAAGAUCUACGUAUGGUUGCCUAUUUAAUUUAUUUCAGUUCAAUUUAGUCUUGUACUUAUGUUUUACUCCUUAUUUUCUGUAUUUUCUGUAUUACAUAAAAAAAUUAAUGCAAAUUCUUUUCCGGAAUCUCACUCCAAAAAUGAGGCUAUAAUCUCCUUUGUUAAAUGAUUGUAAGGAAUUUGGAAACUAUUAAGACAACAAGUCAAUGUGAAAACAGGGUUAAAUAUGAUUAUUUUUGAAUGAACCAUGGAUCUUUACCCUUCGGUGGUUCUUGUACAACUGAGCCAAAAUCAGCAGCAGGGCGAGGAGGAAAACACUGAGCCCGACCACAGCAGUGGUGUUCUGUGAGUAACCUGACGAUUUUGGUCCACUAAGACCACCUGUGAAGAAGAAAAAGACGGAAAAAAGUCAGAAAACGACACUUAAAACCUAAAUCAAGUAUAUUAGCUGAACAAAAUCAAGAGGAGAGAACUUACUCAUCAUUGGAACAUGGUACGUUAUGUUUCCUAAAGUGCCGUCUCUGCCUGAGAACCGACAUGCCCAUGUGCCCCAGCUCUCCUCUGACAACGGGCUGAUACUCAGAGUCUUCCCCUUGUGGAUGGACCCGAAGGCCUCGGUGCCAUUGAGAUCAUAGGUCACACGAACCCAUUCAUGUUGAGUGACCUCGCUCGUGUCGGACACUUGGCAGGUCAGCGUCACGGAGCCCUUCUUCUUUGACGGGACGCUGCUGUCAACUGAGAGAGAAACACAAGACGAUUAAAUGAAUUGUAGUCGGCAAAAUAAAAUAUAGAUUCAGGAGAUGUAUCUUAAAGCUUCAAAUGAAUCCAAGUAAACUUACUUUUGGCGACGACGAGCUGGAUGUUUCGAGCGAGCCUUUCUCCCUCUAUGGUCCCAGAGCAUCUGUACUUGCCCUCAUCCUUCAGGUCAACCUCUUUCAAACUGGCCGAUUGGUCCCAGGGAAGCUGAGAGGACGGUGAGGACGGAGAAAACGAGGGAGCAACGCGGCUGGGAGCUCGUUUAUUAAGAGACCCAGGCUGCAGUUUCUCCCAGAGUGGCGAAGAGGGGAUCAACCCGGAGGAGAAGACACAGGGGAGUGUGACUGCAGAUCCCACAGCAGCGUACACCUUGGUGUCGUCAAAUGGUGGUUGGAUGAUUCCUUUAAAUAGAGCAAAGAAGCACAUUUCAGGAACAUCUGAAUUGAUGAACGACGAUGCACAGUUUAAACUUUUACAAUCUUUGAAUCGCCAAGGCAUUUAGUUUUCCUCCUGCAUCUCACCUGUCACUGUCAGAGGUGCUGAAGCCCGCCCUUCUUUGCCCCCGUAGCCCACCACACAGGUCCAGUUCCCCGACAGCCUCGGGGAUGCCUUUUCCUUCACGAUGCUUUUGAACUUGUCUCCCGGUGAGGUGACUCUCGUCUGACGUGAAAAUCGACUGUCGUUCAACAUCCACUGCACAGCAGCAGCAGACCCGUCAAACCCAGGAGUCACCUGACAAGUGAAUGAAACGUCCUUCCCCGACAUGGGAGCCGAUGGAGAGAUGGACACUGUGGUGGACACAGGCAAGGACGAGAUUAAAGACAUUUGUAUAAUCACAUAACAUCUUGUAAAGACAUGAAAGUCCUCAGUUAAAAAAUAUAUAUAUAUUUCAUUUUCUCGGAAUGUGAUGUGAUGUGCUUUAAAAAACCGUCACUAUCUGGUGGAUUUACUAGUUUGUCUUGGCAUGGCUUUCAUAACAGAUGCAUCUUCUGCAAUUAUUUAGCCAAUGCAAGGUUCUGGUGCAUGAAUACACAGUCAUUCAUCCCCUAAACAUGCCAGAUUUUUUUCCCAUCAAUAUCAGAAACAAAGAUGUUGAAAGAUGUUCUAUCUUGGCGGCUCAAAGAAAAUAAACCUUCUUUCCUGACCUACA